CUCACGUGGUUACCCGGAAGCUGUCGUAAAACAGCACAAGGCGAAACGUUGAAUGAACGAGAGUUGUGGAAAGUCAGACGCGUUUCUCCAGCCACAAUUUUUAAUAGUUCAGUCAAAAUACAAAAAUGAGUCUGCUAAACAAGCCCAAGUCAGAGAUGACUCCGGAGGAGCUGCAGAAACGAGAGGAGGAAGAAUUUAACACCGGACCGCUGUCUGUGCUCACCCAGUCGGUCAAAAACAACACCCAAGUUCUCAUUAACUGCCGCAACAACAAGAAGCUGUUGGGUCGCGUCAAAGCUUUCGACAGGCAUUGCAACAUGGUCCUGGAGAACGUGAAGGAGAUGUGGACCGAGGUACCCAAGAGUGGCAAAGGAAAGAAGAAAUCGAAGCCGGUCAACAAGGACCGCUACAUCUCCAAGAUGUUUUUGAGGGGCGAUUCCGUCAUCGUGGUGCUGAGGAACCCCCUCAUCACUGGGAAAUGAAAUGCUUUCUCCCGCCAUUACUCCUCCCUUCCACCCCUCCGCUUCCCACUCCCCCCCCCCCCCUGUCCCCCGUCCCCUCACAGAAAUGGAUGUUGAUAUCACAAGGCUGUUAGUUUCAGCCCAAUGCUUCACCAUUGGAUUCAGUUCCUGGAUUGCCCCUUAGUAAGGCCUUCUGGGACAGUUGUCCUGGUUUAACCCCUUCAUCCCCCCUUCUGCAGGUGAACUAUGGGUAAUUAUGUGUGGCCAGCUUUAACACAUGAAUGGAGAAGUCAGAUUUAGAGAUGUGUUGUCUGAUUGACAGCUCUACACUUGCGUUUUUUAUAGAAAAGUAAUUCUGCAGCUGUUUAAUGCUGUCCAAAAAGUGGAAGAUUUGGAGGUGUUUUCAUUGAAAUUUGUAACUUUUUGUUUGGUUUUGUAAAGGAAAGGCUCAAUGGCUGAUGUUUUGUUUUUUUUAGUAAGGAAAAGGCCGUGCAAUGGGACUGUGCACAACUUUGGUGUAAACUGUCAAAUUAAAUUUGUGAGCUGCACCUCUGGCCUG